UGUCCAAGAGGAGCGCGGGAGCUGAGAGGUGGAGGGUUAGCUGCGUCCCGGAAAGGCCUUUCGCGGACCGUUCUGCGGCCGGUGCUCCUCGGGCUGCUUCCCGCGAGCGUCCGGCCCUCGCUACCCGCCAACCCGGGGUGCCUUCGCAGCCUGCCCAGGCCCGGGUUCUUGAAAAGAAGUGGAACGCACAGCAUAGUAUGGGUUCUUUUAUUUAUUAGGUUCCUGGUUUCAGAGAAGAUGACAGAGGAACUGGAUCUCUCGGGACAGGACUCUGAUGCGGGGAGUGAGGAGGUGGUCCUGACCCCUGCAGAGCUCAUUGACAGGCUGGAACAGGCCUGGAUGAAUGAAAAGUUUGCCCCUGAGCUGCUGGAAAACAAGUCGGAAAUCGUGGAGUGUGUCAUGGAUCAGCUGCAGCACAUGGAAGAAAAUCUCAGGAGGGCCAAGAAGGGGGACCUGAAGGUCGGCAUCCACCAGAUGGAGAUGGAGAGGAUCCGCUUCGUCCUGAGCAGCUACCUGAGAUGUCGGCUCACGAAGAUAGAGAAGUUUUUCCCUCACGUCCUUGAAAAGGAGAAGACACGCCGUGAGGGGGAGCCUUCCAGCCUUUCUCCGGAAGAGUUUGCCUUUGCCAGAGAGUACAUGGCUAACACAGAGACCUACCUGAAGAACGUUGCCUUAAAGCACAUGCCUCCUAAUUUACAGAAGGUGGACCUCUUGAGGGCAGUUCCCAAACCAGAUCUGGAUUCGUAUGUGUUUCUGAGGGUGAAAGAGCGACAAGAAAACAUACUGGUAGAACCGGAAAUAGAUGAGCAGAGGGACUAUGUGAUCGACCUGGAGGAGGGCUCACAGCACUUGAUGCGAUACAAAACCAUCGCACCCCUGGUCGCUUCUGGAGCCGUACAGCUGAUUUAAAACCGGAAGCAGCUAACCAAGUGUGAGGACGUGGCACGUUGGAGAGCGUAUUUGGAAACCCCACGUGUCAGCCGGUGCCCGAGGACGGGGACUUUUCCCGGCAGUGCCAUGGGUCACUGGGGCAUUGAGAUCCGCUCGGGGCAGAUCCCUCCCUGGCUGCUCCAGCCAGGAUCAGCAGGUGGGGUCAUCGCUCCGCCGACCCCGCGGCUGGGCAGGGACACGGAAGCGCCCUUCGUGGUGGUGUUUGAACUGAGGAAAGUGAGGCCGAGGGGGUGCGUAGAAAGGCCUCGCUGCCUGUGAUGAGGGGACUGGUGGGCCCCGGCCUGACAGCGGCAGGAGCGCUCCCUCAGCCCUCCUGGUAGGAAGAGUGUACAUAGAUGAAACCGUGUGGCCGCCCUGUAUAGUAUGUCACUGACUCGUGUAAACUCAUCUCACACUUAAAGCCAAUGCUUUAAGUGCCUAACUGAGCAUCACAGCCAAUAAACUAGUAACUAGGUCUCGGUUUCGUGGCAGAAGGAGCCCAUGGGCCGUUCCCAGCGUGUCGUCUAGUGAGGUGCGUCCUCCCCGCGGCGAACUGCAGCAUCGGGUGGUCUCCCAGACCAGCCUGCAGGCCAUCUGCCGGCCUUGACCGGGGCCCCGGAGGCAGAUAAGCAGCAGCUGUUCCUUUUUAGGCUCUUCACUUUCUCAAGGGGAAUGGAUGAAAUUAAACUUGGUGAGUGGACAGUGUCUCGGUGACACCCGAGGAGGGAUGUACACAGAUGAAUCGUCUUCCCUUGAAACAUGAUACAGAGCAACUGCCUUCCAUUCUUUCUUGCUCGAUGCAAAGGCAGGUUUUCAUCUACAUGAUGUUGGCUCUUGGAGUCAUCAGUGUGAUAUUGCUGUCGUUUGCAAGAGAAAUCACUAAGUGAAAGCAA